AAACGAUUCAUUCGCGGACCGGACAUCGCUAUACUGAUCGGGCGGUCUGCUGAGUUGUAUGCUAUAGGUCACUGCACCCCUCAAAUCAUUCAUUAACACGACUUGCAGCGGCUAUGGCACAAGCGAAAAUUAACGCUAAAAUGAACGAUGCAUCUAAAGGCAAAUUCACCCGAACGCUUUCGAUGGCGGACCGGUCCGGACGGUUACUCGAAAGUCUGGAUCAGAUUGAGAUGAGGGUGGAGGCUCUUCGCGAGGAAGCUACCUCUAUGGAGCAGGAGAGAGAGUGCUUAAUCGAGAUGAUCCGGUCCUUACAAAACAGCCAGGAAAUGAGGAGCGUUUGUGACGGGGAGAGGGAAGAGCUCUCUCUGACCGCCUCUAGACUCCUGGGCAGGACGUUAACUGUGAGCAUUUCCGUGGAUACGAUCCGAAACGGCCAGCAGGAAGAGGCCUUGAAGAAAGCCACGGCCAUUAUCGAUGAGAUCGCCGGUAAAGUGCUGGAGGACAUGGAGGGGGCCAGAAAGCGCCUGCAGGCCCUUCACGCCGCGUGUGUGACCGACGAGCCCGCCGUGCCGCUGGAUCAGAAGUUCCAGAGCGUCGUGAUCAGCUGCGCUCUGGAGGACCAGAAGAAGAUCAAGAGGCGCCUGGAGACCCUCAUCAGAAACAUGGACAAUGCUGAGAAAACCAUCAAAAUAAUGGAUAACCAGAAAGUCGAUCAUUCCAGUCUUACCAAUGGCAAAUAAAGGGUCGAGGGGACCGAGGAGAACCAAACGUGCCUCAGUACAUCACAGAGACGUCUAUUUGACCUCUGCCUGUACAACUGCAAGAUGUAUUUUUACACAAAUAUAGGACGUUUCCUUUUAGAUGUCAAACAGUUGUUUAUCAUUUUGAAUUUAAAUGCUGUUAAAAGAAAGUCAUGGAGAGCGUAUGCUGUGUGCAAACAUCUGACAGACGUCAGUUUCGCAUACAUUCUAAAUCAUAAACAUCUUAAAGACAUGUAAUAGACAUCUUGUAGAUGUACUGCAGAUAAGCACACACUCUAAAAAACAACAAACGUAAAUGCAGAUAUAAAACGGAUGUUUCUGUAAUGUGCAGGUGCUAUCAGGAACACAACUGAUAAAUGUAACCCUGGACCACAAAAACAGGCAUCAUCUGAAAGCUGAAUAAAUUAGUUUUCCAUUAAUGGAUUGUUCGGACAAUAUCUGUCCUAUUUGAAAACCUGGAGAAUAUCUGAGAAAAAGUCCCUAGCACCGCAUAUUACUAAUCAGAAACUAUGUUUUGAUACAUUUAUGGUAGUAAAUGUGCAAAAUAUGUAUUUUUGGCUAUUGCUACAAAUAUGCCCGUGCUAUGUAGGGUUUUGUGGUCCAGGGUCACAGGCAGAUUUGCAGGUUUUGUUACCACUAAUAGCAUCUUGGUAUUAUACAUAUUUGACUUUACUAUAGCUUUACACUAUAAAUAUAUAAAUUGAUCAUAAACCUAUAAAUUAUAUUGACCGCAUACAUUUUUUAUUGCGUUUGAGUUAUUAACUACUAUAAAACGAUGCAAAAAUCACUGUGAUUCUGUGGGGAACUGCUAGCAUUCCCACUGGAAGCCCUAUGAAUAUGAUUUUCCUGGCUUGUGAUUGUUAUUUUUAGAGCAGCUGCACAUGGUUUUCUCGCUUGCUCUGUACAUUCUAAUGAGAGCGCUUGGCAUUUCACGUUCAGCCUUCAGGUUGGUCUUUACAGUGAAGAACGCAUUACAGACAAACACAGACUGCCUUUAAGUUUAGAUUUGUAAACACUUUUUGAAAUGCUCGUAAAAAUGAGCAAUAAUACCUCAUAACACAUUGUCGUUUGGGGUUAGGACAUUUCUGUCUGAAUGAAUUGCAAAAUAGCAUGUUCAGUAGAAAUGUAAAGGUUUUCUACAGUCUGUGGAUUCAAGACAAUGAAGUUUAUAACUGUAUGAGCCAAUUCGUAACUUAAUUAAAGUACACUGAAAGUACA